GAGUCUGGUUUCCAAGCCGAAAGCUCUAGAUCCAACAUGGCCGCCUGCAUGAGGAUGUGGGGUGCGAGUAGGCAAAGUUACAGAGACGGGGCUGUUUUGGUGAAAAGCAAACUGUGGGCGCUAUGCACGGGAACCAGGCAGGUCUCGGUAAGCGGGCUCUCCGGGACCAGCGGACUUGUGACAAAACGCCUGGGCUUGGUGAGCCGCACCGUUUGUAAACCAUCGUUAGGCAACGGUAGCGCAGGUAUUGCAUCAAUGACUGGAGCUGCGAGGUCGGCGCGUCUGAGUCAGUGGAGAAGGGUGGCUGGCGUGGGUGCCAACGGGAAGCACUUUGCGGGAUCUGGAGAACUGGUUACCUGCAAUCAAAGGAGGUAUGCCCGGGACUUUGGGAACAAAAGCAGCGCCUACUCCGGCGAGGAUGGGGCAGAGAGCGGCGGUUCUGGAGGGGAUGAGACAGGAGACGGGGGCGACGGACCUGCGGUGUAUCCGCAUCCCCAGAUGACAGCUCUUACUCCGAUGAUGGUGCCUGAAGUGUUUCCCAACGUGCCCCUGAUAGCUGUCAGCAGGAACCCGGUUUUCCCUAGGUUCAUCAAAAUAAUCGAGGUGAAGAACAAUCAACUGGUAGACCUGCUGAGAACGAAGGUUCGUCUGGCGCAGCCCUACGCUGGGAUCUUCCUCAAAAAAGAUGACAGUGACGAGUCGGACGUGGUGGAGAGCCUGGAGGCUGUCCACCACACUGGGACCUUUGUGCAGAUCCACGAGAUGCAGGACCUGGGAGACAAGCUGCGGAUGAUUGUCAUGGGCCACCGCAGGAUCCGCAUCACCCGGCAGCUGGAGGUGGAGCCGGAGGAGCCGCAGCCGGAGGAGGAGGAGGAGGGGGGCAAGCCGAAGGCCCGGCGCAAGGCGAAGCGAGGCAGGAAGGAGGGCUCCCUGGGCGCGGCCGUGGAGGAGCGCGUGCAGCAGGCGGAGCUGGCGGUGGAGCCCGGCAGGCCCCCGGCCCCCGGCGAGAUCCUCAUGGUGGAGGUGGAAAACGUGCAACACGAAGACUUCCAGGUCACCGAGGAGGUCAAGGCUCUAACAGCAGAAAUAGUCAAGACCAUUCGUGACAUCAUUGCCUUAAAUCCGCUCUACAGAGAGUCCGUUCUCCAGAUGAUGCAGGCUGGACAGAGGGUGGUGGACAAUCCCAUCUACCUGAGUGACAUGGGGGCGGCUCUGACCGGAGCAGAAUCCCAUGAACUCCAGGAUGUCCUAGAGGAGACCAACAUCCCGAAGCGGCUGUACAAGGCCCUCUCCCUGCUGAAGAAGGAGUACGAGCUGAGCAAGCUGCAGCAGCGCCUUGGGAGAGAGGUGGAGGAGAAGAUCAAGCAGACCCACAGGAAGUACCUCCUGCAGGAGCAGCUGAAGAUCAUCAAGAAGGAGCUGGGCCUGGAGAAGGAGGACAAGGACGCCAUCGACGAGAAGUUCCGGGAGAGGCUGAAGGACCGCGUGGUGCCGCAGCACGUCAUGGAGGUCAUCGAUGAGGAGCUCAACAAGCUCGGCCUGCUGGACAACCACUCUUCUGAGUUCAAUGUGACCCGGAACUACUUGGACUGGCUGACCUCCAUGCCCUGGGGCAAGUACAGCGAGGAGAACCUGGAGCUGGGCCGGGCCAGAGAAGUGCUGGAGGAGGACCAUUAUGGGAUGGAGGAUGUGAAGAAACGUAUCCUGGAGUUCAUUGCGGUGAGCCAGCUGCGGGGCUCCACGCAGGGCAAGAUCCUGUGCUUCUACGGCCCCCCCGGCGUGGGCAAGACCAGCAUCGCCCGCUCCAUCGCCAGGGCCCUGAACCGCCAGUACUUCCGCUUCAGCGUGGGCGGCAUGACGGACGUGGCAGAGAUCAAAGGGCACAGGAGAACAUAUGUGGGAGCAAUGCCAGGAAAAAUCAUCCAGUGCCUGAAGAAAACAAAGACGGAGAAUCCCUUGGUCCUCAUAGAUGAGGUUGAUAAGAUUGGUCGUGGUUACCAGGGUGAUCCGUCUUCCGCCCUGCUAGAAUUGCUCGACCCGGAACAGAACAGCAACUUCCUGGAUCACUACCUGGACGUGCCUGUGGACCUGUCGAAGGUGCUGUUCAUCUGCACUGCCAACGUGACCGACACCAUCCCUGAGCCCCUGCGAGACAGGAUGGAAAUGAUCAAUGUGUCGGGAUACGUGGCACAGGAGAAACUGGCCAUUGCAGAGAGGUACCUGGUCCCUCAGAUGCGGACGCUGUGCGGGGUGGACGAGCAGAAGACCAGCAUCUCCUCGGAGGCCCUGACUGUCCUCAUUAGGCAGUACUGCAGGGAGAGUGGGGUCAGGAACCUGCAGAAGCAGGUGGAGAAGGUGUUCAGGAAGGCUGCCUACCGUAUUGUGAACGGGGAGGAAAGCUCAGUGCAGGUAACAGCUGACAACCUGCAGGACUACGUGGGCAAGCCCAUCUUCACUGUGGACAGGAUGUAUGACGUCACCCCCCCUGGAGUGGUCAUGGGCCUGGCCUGGACAGCCAUGGGUGGCUCCACGCUGUUCAUCGAGACGUCUCUGAGGCGCCCCCCGGACGCGACGGGCAAGGAGGGGUCCCUGGAGAUGACAGGGCAGCUGGGAGACGUGAUGAAGGAGAGUGCCAAGAUCGCCUACACCUUCGCCCGGGCCUUCCUCCUGAAGGAGCAGCCCUGCAACGACUUCCUGGUCGGAUCCCAUCUGCACCUGCAUGUGCCCGAGGGUGCCACGCCAAAGGAUGGGCCGAGUGCUGGGUGCACUAUUGUCACGGCCCUGGUCUCUCUUGCCACAAACACGGCGGCACGGCAGAACGUGGCCAUGACAGGGGAGGUGUCCCUGACCGGCAAGAUCCUGCCCGUGGGUGGCAUCAAGGAGAAGACGAUCGCGGCCAGGAGAGCUGGGGUUACCUGCAUCAUCUUGCCUGCAGAGAACAAGAAAGACUACUCGGACCUGCCCGACUUCAUCACCGAGGGGCUGGAGGUGCACUUCGUGGACCAUUACCAGCAGAUAUAUGACAUUGUUUUUCCCAAGCCCUGAUGCUGGCACUGUGCAGGUCAGGCUCACUGUUUCCGAAUGGCCUCCUUCUGAAGCGUCACUACAGUGCGUCUCUUAAGCGAAAUCCUGGACACCACCACCGGUUUUGUGUUGAUCGAGAUAUGGAAAAAUCCUGAUGAGAAUGGACUUAAUUUUUCUGCUUGGUCCACUAUGUAUAGAACACAGAAGAGCUCCUCAUCAUGAUUGAAAAUAAAUGUGAACCCUGGUCCAGGCUACUGAAAACAAAAGGAUGAAGUGCCGACAUCCUGCAAAAUGGACUGAUACAGAAAAGUGAAACUUUUUUUGCUGUCUAGCCCAGAUGCAUAUGCCUUGCUUUUUUGCCAUGGCAGACAAAUCUUGUUAUCCCAAGGACACUUGUUUAAAGACAAUAGAUCUUGCUGCUAAGCAGUGUAGACUUUGGAGAUGAAUCAUAAACUGAAACAUUUUGUACAAACUUUUAAUGUUGUCGGUGGCAUUGCCUUUAAAUAUACUAAAGUAAAAAUUAUUUAAAAAUUGU